GUAACCACCUCAAAGAUGGCCCGGUUCAACACUCAUCAGUACACACUACAGCCAGACAUGGGGCUCUUGACGUGGGCCGCUGUGGGAGGAGGUGCAGUAGCUGGGGUGAUCGGGGCUCCUUUUGUUCUGGGGGCCAUAGGUUUCACCUCAGCUGGAAUAGCAGCAGGCUCCGUUGCUGCUGGCAUGAUGUCGAGUGCUGCAGUUGCUAAUGGAGGAGCAGUGGCAGCAGGAAGUACAGUGGCAGUUUUGCAGGCAUUAGGUGCAGGUGGUCUGACAGCAGCUGCCAAUGCAGCUGUGGCCGGCGCUGGAGCAGGCGUUGGAGGAGCAGUGGCUGCAAUCAUCAUCUGAAAAUCAUGAAGAUACAUUUACGAUUUUCUUUUUCAUUUUUUACUUUUGCCAAUGAAGGACGCAAUUGUAAAUUACAUCAGACAUUUACUAAACAUCACUUUUUGUUAUCUCAGACAACUUAAAUGUUUUGUUCAAUAAAUCGGUGUAACCUGUUAAA